UUUAAGAACAAAAUGUUGUUGUUUAUUUCGUUGUUAAUCACCAUAUGUGUUGCGGCGCAGGCCAGGACUAUUGAGAUGAGACUAGAUCUGAUGGAAAAACAACUUAACGAAGUUCUAACGAGAGAAAUUAACCUACAAAAGGCCAAUGAAGCUCAGAGAACUGCCUUGCGUGACAUUGAAGUUGUUGUUGAAAACCAGAGAAAGAUGAUUGAAGAACUCCAAUAUACCGUUGUGCGUCAAAACAAUCACAUUGAGGGGUUACAGACAACAGUGAGGGUGCAGGAGUUGAGAAUAAACGAGCUUGAGGGCGCAAGUCGGGAACCAAAUCCGGAAGAAAAUGAACUAGGCGAUAACAUACAUGUCAAGAGGGAGUCUGUAGUCCCUCGUAAUUUGAACACAGAAAACUCAGGUAUCUUCCAAAGACGGUCUCCCCCAGAAAUGGCCAUCGCUUUUACCGCAGUGAAAGUUGCAGCCCAAACCGGUACGGGGAUAAACCAGAACAUUUUAUUUGAGAACGUCAUACUAAACCAAGGCAACGGCUUCCAUUCCAAUCAUGGAGUGUUUAUCGCACCUCAGUCAGGUAUUUAUUUAUUCACCGCCAGUUUGCUUCAUCAGGCACAGUCAAUUGCCAUGCACGCGGCGAUUAUUCAUGAAGGAAGAAUAGUUACAAAGAUUGAUGGGAGCAAUGACUGGACGCAAAGCAGCCAGACUGUCGUGAUUCAAGUGAACACUGGCGAAGAAGUCUGGGUCAGCACAAUCGAUUAUGAGCACGAAAACAUUCAUGGGGAUAGCUUCUCUGCCUUCAGUGGUUUUCUUCUGUGGCAAUUGUAGACACCAGA